AUGGAUCGAUCAAGUUCAGUACCUCGCUCUGCUUCUGCAAUUUUAAUUCCUCCAUCUUAAGCACCAUCAUACAGACCAACUGUUGUACCAUCUUAAUUUUCAAAUUCUCAAAUGAAAUUUAUGAAUGACUUAAUUUAACAGCAACCCAACAGUUAGAGAUAAGCUGUUAGUCAAUAACUUGAAUAACUAACUCCUGAAGAAAUAAGUGAAAUUUAGAGAAAGUUAGAAAAUGGUGAGAUUUUACAUGGUCUCUCAACACUGCCUGAAGGAGCCAAUAUGACACAUAAAUUUAUAGUUAAAGUGAGAAAGCAUAAUCAACCUGCUCAACCAAUAAAAUAAUUACCUCCUCCUCCACCACCUUAAAAAUAUAUUCCCUAAUAUUGUCCUGAAUGUUUGAACAAGGAUUAAAAAGUACUAAAUUUAUUGUAUAUGAAAUUAGUUAAAGUAAUAGGAUGCAAAGAUUGAAUAAUUACUGGAUGAAAUGAAUAAGAUGAGUAAGUUUUUGGUUGAUAAGAGUCAAGAGAUUGAAAUUUGGAAAAGACAAUAUAUGGCUAUUUAAUAAGUAAAAAUAUAUAAACCAUUUUUAUUAGGAUCUAUCAAAACCAAAAGUUAUUGAUAAUUCAGAUAAGUAUCUAAGAGAGAUUAAUGAUUUAAAAAAUAGAUUAAAUUAAAAGGAUAAUGAAAUUUAAUAGCUUGAAAUAAAUAUCAAAUAGAUAUAAGAAAAUCAAGAUUAAUUUGAAUUGAGAGGUGGAAAUAAUGAUGAUGGUGAAUUAGAAUAAUUGUAAAAAGAUUUAUAUGAUGCCAAAUAAGAAAUUGAAAUAUAUAAGGAAGAUAAUGAUAGAUUGAAUUAUAAAUUAAGUAAUAUGGAAGCACAAUUAAAGAAUAAGAAAACAGAAGUAACUACUAUUUAUAGACCUGAUCCUGAAACUGAGAGAUAACUUAAAGAACUACAAAGCAGAUACACUCUUCUAUAAUCAUAAUAUUACACUAUAUCUGAAUAAUCUAAAACAGUUAAAAAAGAAAUUCAAUAUGAAACUAAAAUAGUCUACCAACCAGAUCCUGAAACAGAAAGAUAAUUAUAAGAAUUAAAAUAAAGAUACACUCUUCUUUAAUCAUAAUAUUACACUCUAUAAGAAACGAGUAAGAUUGUAUAAAAAGAAAUAUAAUAUGAAACAAAAGUAAUAUAUUAACCAGAUCCUGAAACAGAAAAAUUGUUACAAAAGAAAAUCUAAUAAUAUGAAGAAUUAUAUGCUAGAUAUAAUUUAAUUCAAGAUUAAUAUACAACAUUACAAUAGAGAUAAUAAACUACAAUAUAUGAAACUAAAACUAUUUAUUAACCAGAUCCUGAAACAGAGAGAUAAUUAUCAAUUAAAAUAGAUCAAUAUAAUUAAUUAUAAUCAAAAUAUAAUCAAUUACAAAAUUAAUAUUAUUAAUUGGAAGAUAGAAGUAAAAUUGUUUAGAAAGAGAUAUAAUAUGAAACUAAAACUAUAUAUUAACCAGAUCCUGAAACAGAAAGAUAAUUAUAAAUCAAAAUAGAUCAAUAUAAUCAAUUGUAAUCAAGAUAUAAUUAAUUACAAAAUUAAUAUUAUUAAUUGGAAGAUAAAAGUAAAAUUGUUUAGAAGGAAAUAUAAUAUGAAACUAAAAUAGUUUAUUAACCAGAUCCUGAAACAGAGAGAUAAUUAAAAUUAAAGACACAAUAAUUAGAAUCUAUGACAUCUAAAUGUAGUAUGUUAUAAGAAUAAAUUGAAACAACAAGAAUAUAAAUAGAAUAGUAUUAAACUAAAAUAUAUUAAUUUGAAUCAAGAAAAUCAGAUAGUGAAAAUUAUUAAAUAUAGAUUGAACAACUCAAAGAAUAAUUAAGAAGAGCAAAUGCUGAGAUUGAAUAAUAUACUAGAAAAAUAUAUUAAUUAGAAUCUAAUAAUGAAUAAACAGUAUUUCUUAAGAAAUAGAUAUCAGAUAUUAAAUUAUAGUAUGAACAGGAAUAGUAAUUAACUUUUUAAUUGAAAAGAAGAAUUGAAGAAAUGAAGGCUGAACAAUCUUAAUAUGAGGUUUAUUAAUUUAAGGUAAGAGAAUUAGAAGUUUUAUUAUAAUAAAAAGAGGAUAGAAUUAGAUAAAUUUAAUUGGAAUCUGAUUAAUAUAGAUCUGAAAUGAUAACUUAUCAAUAAAGAAUAUAAAGUUUUUAAGUUAAUAUUGAUAAUAAUGAGGUUCUAAAAUAAUAGAUUUAAUAAUGGAGAGAGAAAUAUGAAUAAUUGGAAUAAAAACAAAGAUAUUAAAUAAAUGAGGAAGUUAAUUAAUGGAAAAUGAGAUAUGAAUAAAUUGAAUAGAGAUAUAUUUCAUUGUAAUAAAGUUAUGAAACUAUUUAAAUUACUUUAAAUGAAUAUUAAGAUAAUGAAUAAUCAGAAGUUUUGAAAUUAGAAAUCAAGAGAUUAUAAAAAACUGUAUGAAUAAAUAAUUAUUAAUAGAUUGUUGAAUUGAGAAGUGAAAUUGAUAGAUUACUAGUUUAAGCUUCAGAUAAUUAAUGGUUAUAAAAAAGAUAUGAGGAAUAAUAAUUAUUAAUAGAAUAAUAUAAAUCUUAAUUAGAAGAGAGAUAAUCAGUAUAAAGAGAAUAUACUUAUGAAAUUUAAAAUUUGAAUUAAAAAAGUGAAGUUGUGAGUAAUUAAAAGACAGUGACUACAUAAUAAUAAAUAACAUAAGAUUCCAAAUUAAUUUAUCCAUCUAUUACUUAAUAAACUAAAACUAUUGAAUAUAGUUCAAUUUAACCAAAAAUGAAUGAAUAUAGUUCUUAUUCAUCUAGACCUAUUGAAUAUACAAGUGUAUAAUAAAGAUAAUCUUUUUAACAAUCAGGAUUUCUUUAACCCAGUUAAAUCAUUAUGAAUGAAUAAAAAAGAGUAAUAUAUUUAUGAUUAUUAAAUUAGAGUAGAGUGUAAUAAGAAUUUAGUUCUUAGAGAUGGAAUGAUAAUUUUGAAGUAGUAUUGAAUGAAGUGACUUAAAAAGAGAAGUAAUAUUCAUGA